AUGAAAGAUCAGCACCGUGCUGGUCCCGCUGAAAUCGAGCAAAGCAAUAUCCAUCGUCCACUUUCUCACACGACCACUGUCUCCUCAUCUAAUUCCUCUCAAAGCGACAACGCCACUGGAACUCUCCGCCAAUCCUCCCACAGACUCUCCUUCCCGUCCAGCGCAAGAAUAUUCCGCUCGUGCUCAAAGUCGCCUGCCGCAAUUGGGUCAGAGCUACCAGUAAAUCGUACUCGUCGCUCCACAUCCGACAGCUACGGAGACAUCAUUCCUAGAAGCGUCCCUACCUCUUGUGACAAUAUCCCUCGACGUUCAACAAGCCCUACCGCAAUGUCUUCCAUCGGGUCUACGAGUCCGACUUCUUUGGGUCCCAACAAGCGCGACUCGGGAUCAUACAGCUCUCAGUCCAGAAAGACCGGCGACGAUUAUCGUCGCUACAGCGGGACUGUGAACCACUACGGCCGUCACUCUAACGACUGGCUGUUCGGUGGGUUCAGUCUGCGGAACACCGUCCGUGACGGUGUUGAUCGCUUGCGUCAUGGAAAAGAGAGCUGA